AUGUCCAAAGCUUCUGCAGUAAAUAUUGCCUGUGGAAUACUAGCUUUGCUGGUCUUCGUAAUCAAACUGGUCUUGAACUAUUUGAGCAAUAGUGACAAAGACCUCUUCCCAAGGAGCAUCAAGAACGUUUCAGAUAUUUUCUACCUUGAAAUCGCUCCGGCAGGCUGGGCUUUCUCGAUUUGGGGUCUGAUUUACACCUUAAACGGUGGCUACAUUAUCUACGCAUUGUCGACGCUAUUCCGCGAUUUUCCAGCCGUAUUUACAAGCAAAUUUUUCCUGGCUUGCGUAGUUAGUGAUGCCUUCAACAUGGCUUGGCUGUUCACGUUCGCUCGUUUGGAAAUUGGCUGGGGUUGUGGCGCGAUAAUCGCCUAUGCAUUGGGACUCUAUGCAGUUUUUGGGGUAGUGUCCUACAAUUAUGAAUCUCACAAGAAAGAACUGCUGACUCGGUUCAGUAAAGAUGUUUGGGCCAUACGAAUAUUAGCACAAAACGGUAAGUACUCAUAUUAGAAUGUUUUGCACAAGUGAACAUAACAAAUCCUACAAAUUGCAGAUUGGUCAUAUUUGACGUAUUAAGCUGUUAUAUUCACUUGUAGUGAAUAUAACAAAACCGAAAUUUUCAAAAUGGCGGCUAGCCGUUGUGCGGCCAUUAUAAAUAAGCAAAAUUAAAAUAAAUUCAGUCCCAAAAAAACACAAGAAUACUAAUACCUCAGGCUCGGUGAUUAUCGGGGAAUAUUCACCUCGACUUCGUCUCGGCGAAUAUUCUCCGAUAAUCACCUUGCCUUCGGCGAAUAACUGUUAAUUUGUUCGCCUAUAUAUUUUACGACGUCAUAAACUUUUAGCACUGAGGAUGGCUCAACUGCGUGGUUCGUUGGUAGUGUGUCGUGGGUAGAAAAUUUCAAUUCAAAAUUGCGAGUACGACCCACGAGGCCACGACAUACUCUAAAUGAGCAAUCUCCCUUGCUAGCAGGGUACACUGAUCUUAAAAGCCAACAUGCAAUCUUUGGAAAAAACUAUGAGACAUAUGCUGUAAAUACAAAAAGAAACAAAUUCCAAAAAAUAAGGUCAUCUUGAAAUUCAAGAUAUGAAUUAAAACAAGACGAGUGUGUGAGACUGUAAAUUUUCGACUUUAUUUUAAAGUCAUCAUCAGACAGAAUGAAAUACAAUACGUUACAUACAGCAUAUAUACAGAGCAAGAGCGGAAGAAUACACGACACCGGAAAAAGAGGAUUAACAAGGCAAAGACUUAGCUAAUUAACAAUUAGACAACGAGGCCGAGUUGUCUACUUGUCUAUGAGCGAAUAGUCAACGAGGCGAAGCAGAGUUGACUAUUUGCUCAUAGACAACGAGGCCGAGUUGUCUAAUUGUUUUAGUAUAAACUUUAACAUUAAUUUACAACUAGGCUGCAAACACACUACAAAAAUACACAAAAAACAUUCUAAAAUCAUUAAAUGUAAACAAAUAUUUUACUUUUUGUUCGCGUAAAAUGUUUUACAAAAUUCAGUUUUAAUUUUAAAAUUUCAUUGAGUGUAUGUUAUUUUGUCUAUUUUCUUACCCUUAAAAAUUGCCAUUCCAUAUUUUUGUUGCUUUUUUCGGGGUUUUUUAGUACAGAAUUGUUCAACAAGUCGUCCAAAAAAUCAUCAGACACUUCGGCAAAAGUGCAAAACGCGAAUUUUCCGCCAUUUUGAAUUUUCUAUUAGUAGGCUAUCACUAAUAGCCUACUAGUAGCGUAGCCAAUCAGAAGCCACGAUAUGUGAUAGCCUACUAGUAGGUUUAUACUAAUAAUACUUAGACUAAGUUUAGUUAUUUUACACAUACACAUUAUAUGAAAAUAUAUUAUAUUUACAAUAAGGAAACAACUAACCAGACUGUCAGAAAGUGGAGAAAGAGAAUAGACAAAGAUAUAUAGGGUCGAAAGUUGGCCUUAUAUAUCUUUGUCUAUUCUCUUUCUCCACUUUCUGAUCUCGUUUCUGACAGUCGGGUUAGUUGUUUUCUUAUUGUAAAUAUAAUAUAGGCCUAUAUUCGUAUAAUGUGUAUGUGUAAAAUAACUAAACUUAGUCUGAGUAUGAUUAACAUACUAAAAAUAAAAAAAAAUCCCUUCGGUGGAACAUGGUGAAAAUCGAGUUUUUCUUACUUCUACCCAUAGAAAACCAUUGUGGACAGAAUGUUGAAAUUUUGAAAUCAAUUUUAGGCAAAUGUAACCUACAUUAUUGGAAGCUUAGAAAAACUAAAAUAUAGAUCAUUAAACGGUUACUUUGCUUUCGCCUAUCCAGCCAAAGUUAUGGAAGAUUUAAAAUGCCAUAAAUUUGUAUUUUGUGCAAAUUUUGAGCUAUUUUUUCAACUUUGAGCUAGAAUAACGACAAACUGACCUUUCUAUAGUUUUGUUUAAGCUUUCCAAUAAUGUAGGUUACAUUUGCCUAAAAAUGAUUUCAAAAUUUGAACAUUCUGUCCACAAUGGUUUUCUAUAGGUAGAAGUAAGAAAAACUCGAUUUUCACCAUGUUCCACCGAAGGGAUUUUUAGUAUGUUAAUCAGGACACCUUCCCUCACAUUUUACCACUGAAAACAAUUCUAUUGCAAUUUCUUUGACCUCCGGUCACAAAUUGACUGGACUAUCAUGUUCAUGGAUAUUGACAUAAACUUCAGUUUUGAUUUUCUCGCCUUAGACACCGUUCAUUUUUAAAAUUACUUCGCCGAUGAACUCAUUAUGCGAUAGGUCUUUUUGAAGCCAUUUAAAACACUCGCAGUCGCGCUCUCGUGUCUUUUACCUGAUUUAGCACUCCUCUCUGCGUUUCAGAAAUGAAGUAUUGAGCAUAACUGGCCCGGUUAUCCAGGAUGAUUCGUUUAACAAUAAAUCUCUUAUUACAGAUUUCAUAACUACAUCCAAAAUAACAUGUCAAAGCUGAACUAAACUUGUAGCUUAAUAUUUAGUAACAGUAUAAAGUUCACUCAAAACAAUCUUUUAUGGUCAGAAAAAAUUUUCGUGGCACGGCUAGCUAGGCUGGCCCAGCUAGUAUGAACAGCCUCUAAACAUCAUCAAAUAUCCCUGCCCUUCAAGCACUAAACAGUCUUCGUUUUAUUAAUUUGUAAUUCAUUAUAGGCGCCAUGAUGAAUGCCACUUGGGUAUCGAUUGCGUCACUGCUUAACGUCGCCAUGGUGAUGCACUACAAAUGGGACGUGGACCUAUCAUCAUCUUGCAACAUUGUUCUAGCAAUCCUUUUGGUCGAACUUGUAAUUUGGUUCAGUUUGGAAAACUUCAGCAAGAUCCAGAGCCCCCUUAACUACAGUUAUACUGACUGGCCAGUUGUCCUGUGGGCGCUCUCCGCAAGUCUUGCCAAAAAUUAUGAUCCUGACCUGACAAGUUCGAAAUUCGCUUUGGCGUUGUUAAUUAUUUCGGCUAAUGCAUUCAUCGUCAGAAUCGUUCUACAGAUUGUAAGAAGUCGUACAUCCUCGUACACCAACGUGUAA